AUGAGGCAAACCACGAGAGCCGAGAGAGGUCUCCCUCCUAGGGAGCACCCUCGCUCGCACUACCGAGCAGAUGGUCGCCGUCGUAGAACGGCCACGGAGCUGAGGCAACGGGGCUGGCAGUCGUGGGAAGGCCACAAUGAGUGGCGACAUGGAGCGACGGAGUCGACAGGGUGGUGGCAUGGCUGGAAUUCGUGGACCGAGAGUACCGAAUGGCACUCUGAGGAGGCGGAAUCACAGGGCGACGGACAGCCAGGCACCGUCAGUGAUGGCCCCUCAUCUUCCUCGGCUCAGGCUGUGAAGAUCAAGGCCCAAGACCAAGGAGAGCCACACAUGGAGGAGGCCGAUGUGCCGGCCCCUGCAAUUAAUCCAGUCGUGGACGGCACCACACCUGACAUGAUGAAUGAGGUACGGACCCCGACAGCUGACCCGGUGGCAUCGGAGACAACAACGGACGAGGAGGAGUUAAUCCCAGCAAAAGAGCAUGCCGCUGUGCAGCAUGCCGCUGUACAGUGUGGCCCGGUCACGUGUGACCAGGCCACACAGACAAGCGACAACGAGAGGCCAGGAAAGGCCGCACCUGGCAACUACACACCUCAGGGGCUGCUGCUGCAGAGCGUCGCAAUGAAGGCGGAUGAGCAUCCGAUUGAAGAGACAAGCGGUGAGGUCUGUGGUGCACGAAGAGGAGAAGACGCACGUGGUGCGGUCAGGAGGGCCCAAACAAUCGGCCCCGAGAGGGUGCCGCCGCACCAGGGACUAAAUGCUGCGGCAAGGCUACACCUGGGCAAAGCAAAGCAGCUUCUGGGCGAGCUCUUGCCUAGCAACCCGGGGGCGAGCCUCACGGCCUUCCAGAUGCAGGGACACUACAAGUUCAGGCACGACCUAUACCACAAAGCUCAGCAGGGUGAAGCCUACGACAUCCGGGGCCAACACAUCGACAGCCCGCUCCUCACGGAUAACGUCGGUCGUUGGAUAUGGUCACUGGUUGGUGCCCUGCUGACGCAUGACAAGCUCGGACAGGUGCAGAGCUGGCAAACAGGAGGAGAUCUCGUUGAAUCCUGGAUGCACUCCCUAUGGACGACACAGGGUCAGGCUGAGCUAGACAUCCUUGCCGGCGUUUCCCGCCUCGCCAGCCACUUGCACGAUGGGCUGCAAAAUUUGCCCCGAGCACUGUAUCUCCAGCUGCAGUGGAAGACGCAUUGGCCAGAGUUUUUUCAGGCGCUCAUGCCAUACCUGUAUAGGCCUGACUGCAUUGACGGCCCCCUAGAGGCGAGCCGAUUGUGCAACGCAAUGGAGUCAAUGCCAGCUGUUCAAUACAUGUCGAGAGUGCCUGCACUGCAUGGACUGUGUGACACAUGGAUCACCCACCCAACGUGCCCAUUGCAAGACACUUGCAUUCCCACAGUGCGAUCUUGCACCCAGGUCAAAGCUGCCUCCGAGCUACAUCCAAUUUGUGCAGACACUGCCUGGACAUCUUCGGGCUCGCAGGCUGGCGCAGGCAGCCGCGGGAGCCGAUCAGCCGGCACCACUCAGCGGGACGCCCCAGCACAGAGGGUUCCGGCUGAGGGAACCCGGGAACGCGACACACCAGAGGGGUGGCCGUGGACACUCCUGGAUGCGAACUCCGUCAGCGCUCCCACUCCUUCGGCCCAGCGUGCCCAGCCGGCCUCAUCCUCCAGCACUGCAGUCACCGAGCCUCAGGACCAUGAACAGGACCAAGACAAGGGCAGCGCGCAGGACAGGAGCCGUACCCCGGCCCGCAGAUCAGCCCGAGACCCGACAAUCACCUCCAGGACGGAUGCAACACCAGACUGUCCUACACGACGGGAUGACAUUAACGGUGUCCUCACUGAGAUCUUGCGAGAACCGGGUCAUCGCUAUGGGGUGCAGGUCAGACAAGACGGCUUUGCCUCGGCCAUCGAGCUAGCCUGCAGCCCUCUUCUGCAGGCACAUGGCAUCAGUUUAGGGGACAUCCGCUGGAUUGUUGAUGUCAGGGACAGACAGCGCUAUCAAUGGUGCGACAUCCAGGGCUCCUCCCACAUACGCCUAAUCAUGAGCCGGGACCUGCCGACCGACAUGGGAGGCACACCCCAUUUCUCCUCUCCGACGGCCCCCACAGGGAGUGCCGAAAAGGUGAUCGAUUCCUUCGUGGCUGGUGAAAAUCAGGGCGCAGGUCUAGGAGUUGGACAGCCCAGGAAUAACACCAGGUCCCAGAAUAGCAGCGAUCAGCAGAUUAGAUAUGCUGCACAGAAAAGGCAGUUAUCCUACAUGCACGGCCCUGCUGGGGAGCCGGAUCUGCCAACCCCUCAGUGGAAGACGAUCAGUGGUCGACUGAAUCUAGGAGAUCUAAGGUGGGAAGAUGGCGGGGGGCGCGCCUUUAUGCCGGACACCAAAACUUAUGCAUAUUUGUUUCUGGUUGUCCCACAACCCAUCCACCGACAUCGUCUUCCCAGAGGGGCAGCCGAGCUCCUGGAAUGGAGCGAAACGGAGGAUGAGACAGUGGGGCCCCCGGCCUCAAAGAGGCAACGGACAGAAAAGACGGCCUCUGGUGAUGGCCAGCAGCAGAUUGACGGCCCCACGAAGGAGCCGAGGACCCCUCAGCAAUGGGUGCUCCGUGCAGCGGACACCAGCCAGAUCAUCGACCUGGACGAUUACACGGAGCCGAAGAAGGCAUCAGAGUCCCCCGCAGCGCCGGCACUCACAUCCAAUCAGAUGUGCAAGGCCUUCUUACAUGACCUCAGGGCACUACGACCGGCAGACCAAAGACGGCGAGCCCAUAAGCUCCUCCAGCACUGGGAGGCAAUGGAAGAACGACUUGGAAAUGACUAA